CGUGUGUUGUGGUUUGGAACACAUGUGCAGGCGUGCCAGAGAAAGCAAAACAAAUGCUACAAAUUGCAUAAGACAUAUUAGGACUAUAGGUCGUUGUCACUGACUGUUGUCGGUGUCAGCAGGAAUGGACGGGGUCCGGUGGGCGUUCCGCUGCGGUUCGUGGGUACCGACCCGUUCCGAGUGGACACUGGCGGCCCGGUGCGUUCAGCUGGAGGAGAAAGAACGAAUCGGGCGCUUCGUGUUCGCCAAAGACGCCAAAUCUGCCAUGGCUGGUCGUCUGCUGAUCAGAAAGCUGGUGUGUGAGAAGAUGGGUUUUGCAUGGGACGGGUUUCGUCUGGAAAGAACAGCACGGGGUAAACCCUUCCUGCCACGGACCUCACCCACUCCCGGCGUCACCCACUGGAACUUUAACGUGUCCCAUCAUGGAGAUUAUGCCGUGCUGGCAGCAGAACCGGGACGCCAGGUGGGCAUAGACGUGAUGAAGACCAGCAGACCAGGCAGUAGCUCCGUUCAGGAGUUUUUCCGCAUCAUGAAUCGUCAGUUCACCGAUCUUGAGUGGACGAACAUACAGAAGGCCGGAUCAGACUGGGACCAGCUGGACAUGUUUUAUAGGCACUGGGCGCUGAAGGAGAGUUUCAUCAAAGCGAUUGGCUCAGGGCUGGGCUUCGACCUGCAGAGGGUGGAGUUUCACAUCUCACCCAAUCAGAUGCGAGAGGGGCAAGUGUACCGGCAGACACAAAUGUACCUGGAUAAUGAAGAAGAGGACUGGACAUUUGAGGAGAGCUUAUUGGACAAAGAUCAUCACGUCGCCGUGACGCUGGGAAAACCUGAUAUCAGCACGUCUGAAGGGGACAGUGGGACUGUUUGUGAAGCUCCGCCCCUUUCGUUCACACUGUUGAGUUUCAGUGAUCUGGUGUCUAAAGCCACGCCCCUUCUAGAGGAAGACCCCGCCUACUGGGAGAGAUUUCAGAGCAAAAAGGAAGCACCUUCAAGACAAAGUGAACCGCACCAUGAUGAAGACCCUGCGGGAGCCAAAAUGGAGUUCAGGCUCACAGAUGCCUUGCAGAAACACACGAACAUGUGA